CGCGACGUGGACAGCGCGUCUGUCCUUGUGUCGCUGGCGCGUGGGCCAGGGAGUGGGAGUGAGGGCUGCUACUGAUUCAGCUUCAGCCGGGGGAGGCUGAGCUGAAUUAUCGCCUCGCCUCGCAGCUGCCAUAUAUAACUUGGGCUCCCUCUCCGCCUCUCUCCCAAGUCCCAACCCAACCCAACCCAACCCUAGCCGCCCCAAUCUUCUCCUUCUCCUUCUCCUCUCCAUGGAACACAGCCAAGCAACGGAAGAAGGCACAAGCAGGAUUCAUGGAUGGAGGCCUCUCUUCUCUUCAAGACAAGAUGGCCACCAUGGUACGAUCCGGCGACCUCCUCCUUGGAUCUACAAUUUUUUUUUCUUUUGGAGCAGAAGUCCGGCGACCUCCUCCUUGGAUCUGCAAGUUUUUGGGGCAAAGUCCGUCAACCAUGCCUGUCAGGAUCCGCCAAGGUCUCCUCCUGGUAGCCAUGCGGAGACGAACUCAGUUUCCUCUUUGUUUCUUUCUUUCCAACAAGAGGACGGAAACUGGCCAUAGCCCAGCACCAUUUCGCCGGCCGACCAAGGCCCAGCACCAUUUCGCCGGCCGACCAAGGCCCAGCACCAUUUCACCGGCCGACCAAGGCCCAGCACCAGUUCGCCCGCCGACCAAGUCCCAGCACCAUUUCGCCCGCAGAAGGCCCAGGCCUCGCCGGCCCACCGACCAAGGCCCAGGCGUCGCCCACCGACCAAGGCCCGGCACGACUACCCCGUAACACGGCGCCGCCCACCCGACCCGACUCAUUUCGCCACUUCCCCUCCCCGACCCCUCCCCCUCCCGCAUCCCCAUCCAGAACCCUAGCUCCGCUUCCGCCUCCUCCUCCAACCGCCGCCGCCGCGACACCGCCGGCCUGACUCCGAUGGCCCGCAGGAGGGGAGGCCAUGGAGGAGACGAGGGAGACCAGCCGGACCAGGGAGAGCAGGCGGAUCCCCAUGUCUACCAGGAGGAGACCUACGCGGAUCGUGAGGAUUGGAACAGAUCUGUCCCAGACGAGCAUGUUUUACCUCCCACUCGCAAUCUGCCCCGUAUGCUGAUGAGGCUGCUACCUCAAAGAUUCUUUACUACUUUCUCUAGAGGUACUGCUCAUGAGCGCGCUGAGUAUCCACCUUAUCGCAGGUCUACUGCUGCCAAGGCAAUGACUGGGUUUUUGGCACAUUAUGCCAAUAAUCUCUCCCAUUUUUCUCAUGGGGCAGAAUUCUUUACAGUCAGUAGUAGUGAUGAAGACGAUGAGUUUUAUAUCUUUACCAAUGAUGAGUCUCCUCUGGAAACGGCUGCUUGUGUGGGUCGUUUUGCAUCCAUGCUCAGUCGUGUUCUAACUUAUGCCAAACCUAUGCAAGACCAAAUGGCUAAGCUCGGCAAGACUUUGGAGUCUCUCAGGCAGUCCUAUGGUGUGUCAUCCCCGGCUGCUAAAAACAUUGAGGACUUUCUUGCCAGGCUGGAGAAAUUAAUGGAGAGAGAGUCGAAGAGAAUUGCUGAGGCUUCUGAGAAAGGUGCUGUUGAGGAAGCUUCUGCUAUCAAGAAAUUGGCUGAGGCUCUCAAGGAGGCCGAAGAGAGUGAGUUGUCUUCUCUUAUCAAGGAGAUGGACCAGUUCUUGAAGACCGCGGAGAUUCCGCUAGAGAUGCACGAGAGAUUGAAGAAGGCUGCCGCAGAGUUGAAAGAAUUGAAAACUUUAAUGGGUGGAUUCCUGGUCUCAAUAGGAAUGUUCUUUAGGGGCUAUGGGUUUUCUUCACCUUCGGUCAUUCCUCCAAGUCCCGUGGACUCCCCACCAACUCCAAGUCCGGCGCCUCGUCCCUUUCUUAAACUUGGUGCUGGGCCAACUCCUUUUCACUCGAUCGGGAAAAGGGCAAAAGAGGUCCUCUUUGGUGAUUACGAGGAGACGCCCUUCCAUGGCAUCGGAAAAGCUGGGUUUUUGAUCUGUGACAAACAACUGGGCGUUGGCGUUGAGCUCAAGUCCGACCCCUCGGUUGAGACCACUUUGUGCUAUGGCAAGGAAUAUCUAGACUACAAGAUGGAGGCAAAGGCGAAAGUUGUUCUACCCUUUGGUGACACUUCUAAGGCUGAAAUUGAUGUUAUUCAUCGUCGUGCCUGUCUGAGCACUUCUGUUGGCCUCAGUGCUAAUCCAGUUUUCAACAUGUCCGGCAUGUUUGGGAUAGCUGAUGGGAUUUGUGGAGGUGCAAGGUUAUCUUUUGAGUCUUGUGGAUUGGUCAGGGAAUUUGAGCUUGGAUUAUCGAUGGACACUACUGAGUUUGGAAGUCUGUCCACCAGACUUAACCGUGAGAAGCUCCAGGUUAUGUUUGACACGGCGGUUGGAAGGGCUACAGGUGCCGCGGAGCUGACUUAUUUCCACGAUCCAGUUGCGGAGAAGAGGUCAGUCUGUCUGACGGGCGGCCUGUCCUACAACUAUGACAAUACCCUGACUCUCAAGGGGCGCUUCAGCUCGGAUCUUCAUGUGGGCGGGAUGAUACAGUUUGAAGAAAGGUUGGCUAGUAUUGUGUUGCGGGCAACAGGUGAUGUUGAUCUUCGUGCCAUGGGUCAGCAGCCCCGGGUCGGGUUCCAGGUGGUGUUUGACCCGACCUGGAAGUAAGUAGCCUUUGCCUUUGCAGUGUUGGUGCUUGUUUUGCUUUUGCUUGGGAGGAACUUUUUUGGUAAAACGGAAGGUCUUGAUUUUGGGUUGUCCAUGAUGAUUGAUGUAUGGACUGAAGCUUUAGACUUGUCAAUUCGACUAUGUUGGUUUUGCGGAAGCUUGAUUGUCCUCUCAUACUACAUUUUGUUGUUGAAUUGAACUGACUUGAAGCACGUUGUAUUUGGUUUGAGCCAGUUUAGAACUGCCAAUCAUCAAACUUUUGGACUCUGUCCAUGAUGUAUUGACUGAAGCUUGAGUUGUCAAUUCAUCUGCCAUUUCAACUAGUGCUGUGUCCUCACAUAGCGAUGAUGUAAUGACUGAAGCUUGAGUUGUCAAUUCAUCUGCCAUUUCAACUCA